GUAAUACUGAUAUGGUCAUUAGAGUUUUGCUGGAUGCAGGAUUUACAAAUGAACUUGCCCAAAAUUACUGGAGUAAACUGUCUCUUGACGGAGUUGUUGCACAAUUUGUUGUUACAGAUGGUGGAAUUACUAGAGUGUUCCCAAAAAGGGCAGGAGAAGAUUGGUCGGAAAAUGCUGAAACUUAUGAAGUCAGCUUCUAUAAACGGAGUUUAGAUAAUGACAACUAUAUUUUCACAGCUCCAUACUACAACAAAAGUGGUGCCAAUAGCUAUGAAACAGGUAUUAUGGUAAGCAAGGCUGUGGAAAUAACGAUUAAUGGGAAACUUCUGAAACCAGCAGUUGUUGGAAUAAAAAUUGACGCAACCAGCUGGAUGGAAAAUUUCACAAAAACCACAAUCAAGAGCCUGUGCAACAGUGAAAUCUGUGGCUGUGAGAGAAACAGUAUGCAUGUGGACUGUGUUAUCCUUGACGAUGGUGGGUUUCUUCUGAUGUCAAAUCGGGAUGAAUAUACGCAACAGAUUGGAAGAUUCUUCGGUGAAAUCGACCCUGGCCUGAUGCGAAACCUGAUUAACAUGUCCCUGUAUGCCUUUAACAAGUCGUAUGACUAUCAAUCAGUCUGCGAUCCUGAAGAAGAACCAAAGCAAGGAGCUGGACUUCGUUCUGCCUAUGUGCCUACGAUAACAGAUAUUUUGCAUCUAGGAUGGUGGGCUUCCGCAGCUGCUUGGUCUAUCUUACAGCAGCUGUUUUUGAGCUUGACUUUUCCACGUUUCCUUGAGGCAGCUGAUAUGGAAGAUGAUGAUUUCAGUGCCACCCUGCCUAAAACAAGUUGUAUCACUGAGCAAACUCAGUAUUUCUUUGAAAACGACGAUAAAUCGUUUGGUGGGAUUGUAGACUGUAUAAACUGCUCCAGACUUUAUCAUGCAGAGAAGAUUUCAAACACCAAUCUAGUAUUCAUUAUUAGUGACAGCCAACUGCUGUGCCGCUCCUGUGACCCAAAGCCACUGAUGCAAGCAGAGAAGCCGGAUGAAGGGCCAAAUCCUUGUGAGAUGGUCAAACAACCUAGAUACAGAAAGGGUCCUGAUGUCUGUUUUGAUGAAGCCAAACAGGAGGAUUCAGCCGACUGUGGUGGUGUCUCUGGUCUGAGUCCAUCACUGUGGUCUAUGGUAGGAAUUCAGCUGGUCCUGCUUUGGCUGUUAUCUGGCAGCAGACACUGCCAGUUAUGACCUUGCUAAACAAAACCUGCAUAACUUAAUCAAGACCCAGCCAAAACGAUAGCCUCAGCUUCAUUUUAGAAAGGGUCAGCUAUUCAGACAGCAGCAGAACAACAGUGCUCGUGUCUGGUUAUCACUCGUUGUGAGACUCAUAAAGGCGCUCACGGUGGCUGCAUGCUGGAGUGUCGGAUCCUUAAAAGUGUGUGAAUGCUGCAUCAUCUAUGCCACCCAAACAGAAUUCUGUACGUGCUCCAUUGGGGAAACUAAGAUUUUUUUUUUUUCAUUUGUUUGUUGUUGUAAUCUUGAUGACUUCAUGUAAAAGGGCUCCCCUGACAAUAGCUUAUGUGUAUGAUUUUCAUUUCUUUUAAGCUUUGGACAUCUUGAAGAUCUAUAUUCUUUUACAUGAAUAGUUAUUUAAAA